CUUGUAAGUACUUGUCCUUACUUGCUAAGUACUUUCAGAAAGUACUUCGAUCAUUGACAAAUACUUAGCAAGUAAUCAAGUACUUGCAUCAAGUACGUUCUCUAGGGCUUUGUUUUGAUUUUCUUCCUGCAGUGUAGGUCGUAUUUUUGUGAUUCAUCUAGAAACCCAAGCGUCAAAACAAAAUCUAAUAUCGCCCGAUUCAUCGAGAUUACUAGAUUUUUACUCGAUCGCAACUACUGUGUAACGACAAUGGAAAUCUAGUAAUUGGGCGAUUACUAGAUUUUUUCUAGUUACAACUGUCGAUUUAACUAUUACUAGAUGCAUCUGCAAACGCAUCUAGUUAAAAGCCCCUUUUCCAACUAGUAAUCUAGAUUGAAUCGACUAACUCUAAAUGUUUAUUUUCACUGUAGUAUUUGCAGUUGGAAAGACUUAUGUAUUAUUAGUAGUUGCACGUGGAAUUCAAGGAAUAGCUUCAGCCUGCAUUGAAGUUUCCGGUAAAUUUAAGAUUUUUCAUCAGUUAUUACUUUGAGUUCAGAUAUCGGUUAGUUCUGCAGGGUAUGAUAUGUUGGCUGAACGAUAUCCAGAUGACAAUGAUCGUGGGCGAGUUAUGGGACUGGCAUCAUGUGGAAUUACAUUGGGUCUUCUUGGUAUAGUUGGAUGA